AUGCCACCUCCCGGCUCUUUGGAUUCAGAGUCUUUGGCGCAGAUGAGGUUCCAGCAGGUUGCCACAGAGUACGAGCAGAUCAAAAGUGCAGGGAUUGACCCUCAGGUGCAAGAGCUGGCAGAUCACCAUGGCCUAGAUGAACGCGUAAGACGGGCGCUCAAUGAGGAAAUGAAAAAGCGCAAGGACACGUUCGAAUCAGAUAUGCAAGCACUUUGGGUCGGACUGGAAGGUUCAAAGAAUCCGGCAGGAAUGCUGAUGAUGAAGGUCAAAGACAUGCGCAUGGGCGUAUUCAAGGGGAUGACAGCUCUGACCAAGAAGAUCCAAGAGUUCGCCAAGAGAAACCGCUUGGACGCACAGGCCGCCGUGAAGUUGGGAGAGGUCAUGGAGAAUCGCAGCGAUGUUGAUGGCGACCUCAUGAAGCUGUCCAAGCAUUUGGAACGGUCAAACAAGCCAUCCUCCUUGAUGAUGAUGAUGCUGCGAGACUUGCGCGAUGGAAAGCCUGUCAAGGAAAGCUUUGAGGGCCGCUUUUUGCAUAUUAUCCAGUGA